UCCCCUUUCUACAUCCUCCUCUCUUUCUCCACUCCUCUACUCUGCCUCUCCCUCCCUCUCUCCCUCCUUUCUGUCUUCCUCUACUCGCCCUCUCUCUCUGGUCUGUUCCCUCUCUCUUGGUCUGGGUGGGCAUCAGAGCAGGAUGCAGGGCAGGGUGUGUGUGUGGAGUGUGUCCGUCCUCCUGUCGAUGACACUGGGAUGGACCCAGGCUCAAAGCCAGACCACUAACUUUACAAGGCCUAUCUUCCACUGUGGAGGUCACUUGGUGACUGAAUCAGGCUUCGUGGGCAGUGAAGGUUUCCCCAGCCACUACAAACCCAACAGCAAAUGCACCUGGUACAUCACUGUCCCCGAGGGCCACGUUGUCAUGCUUUCCUUCCGCAUGUUUGACCUGGAGGCCGACCCCACCUGUCGCUAUGACUACCUGGACGUGUACAACGGCCACUCCCACACCAUGCAGAAGCUGGGCAGGUUCUGCGGGACGUUCCGGCCCGGGGCUCUCAUCUCUACCUCCAACACCAUGAUGCUGGAGAUGGUGUCUGACAGUAGUACAGGAGGACGGGGGUUCGCGGCUCACUACCAAGGAGGGAAACCGCACGUGGAGGAGAAUCAGUUCUGUGGUGGUAGACUAACGAAGGCUCAGGGUUCAGUCAAGACACCCAACUGGCCCAACUCAGAUUACCCAGCAGGCAUCAGCUGCUCCUGGCACAUCUCCGUGGAGCCCAGCAAUGUGAUCGAGAUCAAGUUUGUGAAGUUGGAUAUAGAGGCUGAUACGUACUGUCGCUAUGACUACGUGGCAUUCUUUAAUGGGGGUGAGAGGGACGACUCACGUCGCAUCGGGAAGUACUGUGGUGACAGGGUACCAGGGACCCUAGUGACCAAAGGGAACGAGCUCCUGGUGCAGUUUGUGUCUGACCUCAGUGUGACCUCCAACGGCUUCAUGGCCCACUACUCCAGCGUGCCCCGGGGGUCCCGGACGCCCUCCUCCGGGGAAGACAGUAUCCAUGGGUCUCGGGUCGCCGCAAUACCCCAGAAACCUACCUCCAAGCCGACCAAACCAGCCCGGAACACUCCUAAACCCAAGCCAGCCAUCAGGGCCAAGCCCACCCCAAAACCAGCCACCAGACCGGGGGUGAGGAUACCAGUGAGGAUACCAGUGAAGCCUCCACCACGUAAGCCUACAGCCAAGCCUGGAGUCAGACCCAUACCUAAACCUGGUACCAAGGCUAAACCAACUCCUAAGCCUGGUACCAAGGCUAAACCAACCCCUAAACCUGGUACCAAGGCUAAACCAACCCCUAAACCUGGUACCAAGGCUAAACCAACCCCUAAACCUGGUACCAAGGCUAAACCAAUCCUUAAACCUGGUACCAAGGUGAAAUCCAAGCCCACACCAAAACCAGGGGCCAAAACAGUGAAACCAACUAAGAAACCUUUCUCUAAGCCUGGAGCCAAGCCCACACCUGAACCAGGGACUAAGCCUAAAACCACAGCUAAGCAUGGACCGAAGACUGUGACUAAGAAACCUGCCGUGAGCAAGAAACCCCUACCGAUGAAUCAGCUGUGUACCGUGGCUUGUAAGAGGACAGGAACACUUCAAUCCAACUUCUGCCCUAAUGAUUUCGUGAUCACAGGGAAGGUGACAUCCUUGGUCCCAGGCCCUAGGGGCAGUGUGACUGUGGAUGUGUCUCUCAUCAAGUCCUAUAAGAGUGGCCGCAUGGCCAUCACCAAAUCAGGGCCAGCCAUGUCUGUCAAACUCACCUCCAACUGCAGGAAUUGCCCCAGCCUACGCAAAGGAGCGAACUACGUGCUGAUGGGCAAGGUGGAUGUGCAGGGGCGUGGCCUUCUCAACCCCUCCAGCUUCGCUCUCCUGUACAAGGCGGUCCACGCCAAAGCACUGGCCAAUCUCGCCCGCCAAUCAUGCUGAUCUUACAGCCCAGUCCACCAAUCACAGAGUUGGAAAACUUGCCAUUCCUCCUACUGUACCACUACCAACCUGCAACAACUGUUCAAAUAUGAAAACUAAUUCUAAACGAGCGAUGAUUCAAAAUGAUUCAAAAUGAGGACCAAAGACCAAAGAUGGUUUCCGUAAGAUUAGGGGCUCUUUUUAUGUUGUCGUAUUGCUAUUUCGUAUUUUUAUACACUCAGAUAUACUUCUUUGUAUUUGUAUGUAAAUUGUGAUACUUCUGUGAAUAAAGGAUGUAUAUCGCAAAAGA